UCCUUUUUCCUUUUUUUCGUGUGAAAUUGAAUUGAAUCCUGCUGCUAUUCCUAUUCAUGUGCCGUUCCACUACUAGAGGUCUCGUUUUCGGUUUUCACCCUGUUCCCAAAUCCCAAUCAUUCCACUCGCAACUGGCUUGAUCACCCAAUCCGGCAACUCCCUUUGUCUCAGGAAAAAGAAAUCGAGGCAAUUCCCCACUUCUCACACGACCUCCCGAUUAAACGCUAAAUCGCGCCAAAUUUACUCUUGGUCUCCCCCAAACCAGCCGCCGUCUUUCAUCCUGCUGUUGCAAUUUCAUCCAAAACUUAUCCCCGUCGGAACUGGGAAGCCAUCGCCAUGGCCGCGGAGGCGGGCAGCCGGCGUGGGGCGGCAGCGCGGAGGAAGGCGCAGGAGGCGGCUGUGGGCGCCGCCGCGAGGGUUCUUUUCUACCCGACGCUGCUGUACAACGUUGUGCGGAGCAAGGUCCAGGCCGAGUUCCGGUGGUGGGACGAGGUCGAUCAGUUCGUUUUGCUUGGAGCAGUUCCAUUCCGCAGAGAUGUAACACGCUUGCAGAAGCUUGGGGUACAUGGCGUGAUAACCCUAAAUGAACCAUUUGAGACUUUGGUACCAUCAUCUAUGUAUAAGUCACGUGGGAUUGAUCACCUUGUUAUUCCUACAAGAGAUUAUAUGUUUGCUCCUUCACUUGUGGAUAUUAAUCAAGCUAUUGAUUUCAUUCAUAGAAAUGCAUCUUGUGGGAAAAUAACAUAUAUUCACUGCAAAGCUGGAAGGGGACGGAGUACAACAAUCGUCUUGUGCUAUUUGGUCAAAUACAAGAAUAUGACACCUGCAGCAGCUUUCGAGCAUGUACGAUCUAAAAGGGCUCGAGUGCUGUUGACACAUUCGCAAUGGAAGGUACUCUUUUCUGGUGAUUGAUGAUGAACCAAUUUAUAUAGCUGGGACCAAAAUGACUCUUAAUGGACCUAGAUAUAUCCCAUUAAUUAGAACAAAAGUAAUGCUGAGUUGUCGGCUUGUCGCUUGUGGAUUCUAAAUGUUUCUGGAUGGUCCUGAUAGCCUUGCAGUUCAUUUCUUGAUGUGGAAGAAGAGUUGAAGACAGUUUAAAUAAUUGCUCAAUGAAAACCGUCAUGUAUUCUAGGUGGCUUUGAUUGUCGCAGGCGGUUCAAGAAUUCAGCAAGAAGAACACUGAGCUUCCUGCUCUCACAAGCGAUUCAGCAACAGCAUCUCCAGCACGGGACGCGGUACGGGUAACAGUAGCAGAUUUGAAUGGCAAUGAUGCUCCAGAGUUUCUUACAGGGGAUGCCAGCUUGUCUAGCCACAAGACUACACCGUCAAGGCCAAUGAUUAAGAUGCUGUCAUGCUUGUUUCCUUCUCGGAUCUGAUGAAUGAUCGAUCACUGGGCAUCGGGUGUCCGAGGUGCAUGCAUGGUGAUGCCCCAGUCUAUCUGCGAAGUGGUGUGCAGAUCUGUAAGGACGGUGGCAGCAUACCUUUCCAAAAAGGAAAUGGCACCAGCAUUGGCAUAAAUAAUAUUUCUUCGAGUCAUAUUGUCCAUAUUCAUCCGAUUUGCAUGUAUAUACCUUCGUCAUGUGAAAUUCAUUGUUCGGACCUUUGAUGAGAAUGCACAUCUUGGAUUGAAUAACAUACCCGUACCUGAAUGGCCUUGUGUGAA